AUGGAAAGUAUUGUCUACAAAAAUGCCAAGAUUGAAAUUUACGAUAAAUUAGAUAUUGGCGAGAUUUGCGAAUCUGAAGCUAAGAAACGGGAUCUAAAGGGGCUAGAAAAUGCAUUUGCUGUUGUAAACCUUGACGAAAUUCUUGACAGGAUCGAGAUCUGGAAAAAAUUGCUGCCAAACCCAUUUUAUGCAAUUAAAUCGAAUGGUGAUGCAAUUUUGGUCGAUAUAUUAACGAGAUCUGGAAUUGGGAUCGAUUGUGCGAGUUCGACGGAGAUGGAAACGGCGCUGCAAUACGUUCCAAAUGACAUGAUAAUCAAUUCCCAUCCCUGCAGUAGCCCGGGGACCAUACAGCAUUCAGCGCGCCUAGACAUUCCCUUAAUUGUUUUUGAUCACAUAGAACAAUUAAAAACGAUACACAGAUUGCAUCCCAAUUCGAAACCAAUAUUCCGUUUUGCAUUGCCAACGGAAAAAGGCGGAAAAUUUGGAUGCGCUGAGCCUGAAAAAUUGCUCGAAGAAGCAUGGAAAUUAGGAUUGACCAUUUCUGGAAUCAGUUUUUACGUUGGCCCAAGUCCGGAGGGAUGUCUAAAAUUCGAUUUCUACCUCCGAAAAGCAAAGGAUCUAAUUAGACUUGGAAAAGAUAUCGGACAUUCGAUUGAAAUUUUGAACAUUGGUGGGAGCUUCCCAGGUGCUGGUCAAGUGGGAAAAAGCUUUGAAACGGUCGUGCAUGAAAUUCAGCCCUUGUUGACAGAAUGCCAUAAAGAGUGGGCUGAUUUGCGUAUUAUUGCCGAGCCUGGAAAAUUUUUCUCAUCAUCUCCAUUUACUCUCUGCUCAAAAAUUAUGCUAGCAAAACCUUUGAAGAACGGCGAGGAGAUAGAGAUGCAUUACUAUCUAAACCAAGGAAUUUACAAUUCCUUUAUGGGGACCGCCAUUAGGAAUAAGGUGUUGCCAGAGUUUGGUAAAGCGUUCGGAUCAAAGGAAAAUGCCUCAAAAUAUCCAUCAACGAUCUGGGGGCCAUCAUGCGAUGGAGCCGAUUGUCUAGAGAAAAAUUCGCUGCUCCCCCGUCUCGCCACCGGAGAUUGGUUGAUGUUCAAAAAUCGCGGAGCCUACAGUUUCUCGAUGGGCGGGAUGCUUUGGAGUUUAUCGAUUUUAUUGGCGAUUACGGUGGUGCGGGCAUGGCCUGAUGGGGCACCGUGUGUACAUGCUGCCUUUGAGAGUAUGAACCCGUUGGAAGCUGUUGAACAUCAGGGAGGACUUCAGUUAAGCGAACCACCAUAUGAGGUAGCCGUCGACCAGCAAUGCUAUUGGGCCAACCAACCGAUCGGAUUAACAAUCCAGGGCAAAAAUGCGACCAUCAAGUUCAAGGGAUUUGCCAUCCAGCCAUUUGAAUGGAAAAAUGGAAGAGUGACGGGAAGAAUUGGUCAAUUCAUUCGACUUGAUGAUAAUGGCUCAUGGCAGCAGCAAUGUUUCCGGAAAAAGGAUUCCGCCACCCAUUCCCACGACGAGAAGAAGAAACACAUCAAAUUGUGGUGGAAAAGCGAUGAUGAUUCUAGAACUGUCCAAUUUAUUGCGACGGUGGUCGAACAUAUCCACAAAUUCUGGGUAAAGUCCGUUGUCUCACCGCCAAUUCCGCCUUGCAGGAUCGCCCGUAAAACAGAGAAUUGGGUGCCACCAUUCCCAACCCCGCCCCCGUCUGUGAAGGCAUUCAAAUUGGAGACGCAUCGUGUGUUCGGGAAAGGUGGAUUCGGUGUUGGACCCCUACGAGCACCACAGCCGGCUUUUACCCGCCAACGCCAAUUCCCCCGCAGAAGAGGC